AUGGAUCCCACCAUCCCAGCCCAGAGCACAGAACUCACACCAAGGAACGGAAGUGCUGAACCCCCUCCUAUAACUUGCUAUGAGCUGGCCCUGAAUCCUGUCUUGCCGGUGAUCAUCAUUGCCCUGCUUGGGCUGCUGGGAAACACAGUUGUGUUCUGGCUNCUGGGCUUCCGCAUGCGCAGGAACGCCUUCUCCGUCUACAUCCUCAACCUGGCCGGGGCCGACUUCCUCCUCCUCUGCUUCCUGAUGAUAGAAUCCCUGAAUAAACUCAUCAAGGUCUUCCAUUAUCCCUUCUUCAUCCCUAACGUGUUCCACAUUGUGUUGACUUUUUCCUACCUUGCCGGGCUGUAUAUGCUGAGCACCACCAGCACCGAGCGCUGCCUGUCGGUCCUGUGGCCCAUCUGGCAGCGGUGGCAGGAAGGGCAGCAGACCCUCCAGCAGGUUCUCCAGCGGGCUCUGCAGGACACUCCUGAGGUGGAUGAACGUGGGGGCAGCCUUCCUCAGGGAUCCCUGGAGCUGUUGGAAAGCAGAUAG